UGCUCAAAUUUGUGCUACUUCUUUGGUUUCGUCACAUUCCUUCGGAGGUUGGUACAAAACAGACUUCCCCCUGCUUUGUCACUGGACUAUAAGAGUUGUUGAGCUCAGUCACACGGAUCAUUUUUGUGUGGUGCAGCUCGGCACAUAAAGGAGCUCAAAGCCCUUGAGGGAACGACGAGCGUUGGUUUAUCGUUGGGGACAGGAAAACCACGCUGUCUCACUGGGUUUGUUCCAGGCCGCUGACCCAAUAAGAAUCCUUCGUCUCGUGUGGUUUAGACGGCCUGACAGAUCAAACCUCCUUGCGCCGCAGUGUAUUCAUUCCCUCCAGAGUCAAGGACAUAAUGUGACACGUCUCCGUCUCUGACUGACUGAUUUACAACCGAGGCCACCAUGCAGCGAUGCCACACUGGGCUGUGUCUGUCUGUCUACAUCAUUACCUUUGUCCUGGGAUUCCCAGCCAAUGUCCUCGCCUUCUACACUUUCUGCAAGAAAGUGCGGCAGAAGCCCAGGCCGAUUGACAUCCUGCUCCUAAACCUGACCAUCUCUGACCUCCUCUUUCUGAUCUUCCUGCCCUUCAAGAUGCAGGAAGCGAUGGACGACAUGCUCUGGAAAAUGCCCUAUGUCCUCUGCCCACUGUCUGGCUUCGUCUUCUACAUGACCAUCUACAACAGCACCUUCUUCCUCACUGCGGUCAGCGUUGAGCGCUACCUGGGUGUGGCUUUCCCCAUCCAGCACACCCUAAAGCGCAGGCCUAUAUAUGCUGUCGCCGCCAGUAUCUUCUUCUGGAUUUUCUCCAUCCUGAACCUGAGUAUUGUGUACAUCGUGCCUUUAAUCAGCCCUGAUCACUCCCAUCAGAAUCCCUCCUCGCACCAGAAUGUCUCAGCCACCCCUGCCCCUGUUGAACAAAGGAAGGUGUGUUAUGAGAAUUUCACCGAGGCUCAGCUGAACGUCCUCCUGCCCGUGCGUCUGGAGCUCUGUAUUGUACUUUUCUGCAUCCCUUUCCUCAUUUGCUGUUUCUGCUACAUCAACUUCAUCAAGAUCCUGUCCAAGCUGAAGCACAUUGACAACCGCCGGCGCAACCGAGCCAUUGGCAUGGCUUUAGGAACACUGCUGGUGUUCGCUUUAUGUUUCGGCCCCUAUAACGUCUCGCACAUUGUCGGUUUUAUUCAAUGGAAAAGUCCUAACUGGAGAGACAAGGCCCUGCUCUGCAGCACCUUUAAUGCUUGUCUAGACCCUAUUAUUUUCUACCUGUCGUCCUCUGCUGUGAGGGGGACUGUGGGUAGUAUGUUGAAAGGGGCUAAGACUCGCCUAAAUAGGUUCAUAUCCUGGCCUGCGUUCUGCUCCAUGGGAGGAGGAAAUAGUGAGUCUUCAAAAGAGAGAGGAAGCAGUACCAAUACUAUCUGAGCUGACUGAAAGGAAGCUGCGAGCAACCCGCUCCAAUGAUUCAUUUCUCUAUCAGCAAUCAGGAAAUGAAUAUUUAUGUUUUUACAUGCAGGAAAAAGUUUCACUAAACACAGAGAAGCACUUCUCUGAUGGACUUCCUAUUCAGAAAUGAGUCGAGAUAGGAAAAUCCCUGUCCCUGCUUUGAACUGCCACAUGCAAAUGAAAAAUAUUUAUUACACAACAGCAAGACUUUACAAGAGCUCCGCUAUUGCAGUUGCAGGUUUUUGUGGACUGCUGCUGAGACGGAGACACCAACAAAAUAAAUAUCCAAGCAACAGCUUCGGACGUCAUCUCUAAGCAAUAAGAGAUAAAGCUUUCCUACCCGCUUUAACCAUGAGCAGGAUAUGCCGUCUGUUUGUAGCAACGUGCCCAUUGUUGUCACAUAUUGUGGAAAAAGAAAAAAAUAAUAACGAGAGAACUGCGAAGUGCGAGAUGUGAAAGAAGGUUCGAGUGUGUAUAAAAUGACUUUGUAUUCUUUGCUUCUCAUGAGUAUAUGACCAUUCUCACGCAGACUUUUGUUAACAGCACUUUUUAUUCAUGUUAUUUGACUGGAAGCAGAUGUUGUAUAUGUCAUGUGACAUACACCUAUUGGCCAUUUCAUUAGGUAUAUGAUGCAAUACAACAACCCUGCCAUGAAUUGACACUUUUAUGAACUUUACAAUUUGUCAGUUGUUGUUGACACUGUCAGAAAGGUCAUAAAUUUACUUUAUAACUGAGGUUGUAGUGGGUGGUGAUUGUAAAAUUAUUAAAACAUUAUGGCCGUCUCAUGUGUGUAAACACGGUGGCCAUAAUAUCCGAAACACCUUUCAACACAAUGCAGUCCGACACAGCAAACUACAACCUGAGUAAUGAUAAAGAUAAUGAUAUAUUGUUGAAUUAUUAAUUUAAAAUGCCUAUUUAUAUCAGAUCUGUUUGAUUUGAUCACAUUAGAUCGUACAAGUGUACCUAAUGAAGUGGCCCGUGAGUGUAUGUGGUACUAAAGUAGCAUGUAUAUAGUAAGAGUGGCAGGGAUUGUAAUUACAUAACACAGAACAAUAUUUUCAUAUGCAACUCAUAUAAACGUAUUUUACAGAA